AUGCGCCAGCCGAGACCGGAAGCAACUCUCCUCGGGAUUCCCACGGAGAUCCGCCUCUACAUCUACGCUUACCUAUGCCCCAACAAAGAGGAUCGACACGUGAAUUGCGCUUGUCACAAGUCCAAGAGGCAUGAUUGCGAUCUGAGUGCGUCCCCACAAGGCAAGGAGCCGCGUGGAUACCUAGCCCUCGUAUUGUCCUGCCGCGCGAUCUACAACGAAGCAGUCGAACUUCUCUACAAGCCAAUCAUCGGCACAAGAUGCGAGGAUGCCAAAGUGCCGCAUAUUCUGGUUACCGCAGACCAAAUCACCUUAACGGGAUUCCCUGGCAUGUUCUGCCGUAAACACCUUACAUAUCGAACUGGCACCUCUGGCGUCUUCCGAAGGAUCAGAAAACUUCACAUCAUGAUUGUGGCAAAGCAUUUCGAAGGCUGUGGUUGCUGUGGAGACUUGUUUGCUGAACACAGCGGCUUCCCUCAUGCACCCGAUCUUGAUGACAGAAGCCAGGCUUUGGACAACGUUCGUUGGUUGGCAGAGCAGCUUGGUCGGCCUGGUGGCUUCGACCAGCUUGCAAUCUCACUUGAAUGGGAUGAAGGUGAACUCGACUACGAUGAUGUGCCAGAGCUCGAAGAUUCUGAGACAAUGAUGGCGCCAUUCAAGGCGCUUCGGAACGUAAAGGAGUUGAAGAUAGGAACUCUUGGUACGUGCUUUGAGGACUGGGCGAUGAUGGGAGAUCUAGAUCCUGAAAUCAUCAGAGAGUGGGAGAAAGGCGUUGCUUACAAGAAGAAAAUGAGGGAUAUUCUGGGAAGUAACGCUCCUGUGAAGGAGAAUCCCAUACCGCUCUCUACCUGGCUGGGCUUCAAGAGGACCAUUAGACGGCUUGUUUUCUUUGCGCCACAGGUGGGCGCGCACAAGUACCUCGAAGAAGCCACCUCAGCGUUCGACACCCAGGACAAGAAAGCGUUCCAGAAAGUUUCGAACAACCUCUUCAAGAAAUGGAAGGAGGAGCUCAAACAAAGGCAAACUAUCGCCUUCGACUUCAGCGAGCUUCGUCAAGCAACUUACUUUGACGUUCCACCUGGAAAACGCAAAGAGGACGACCCUGAAGGUAUGGAGUUCUCGGACUUCACGUGGAGUGAUCCCACCAUCGACAAGGAGGACAGAGCUACAUACAUCAGCUUCCUUGAGAGCAUUGAUUAUGAGUAG